AUAACAUUUUGAUUAAUGUGGAGUGGAGUUUAGCAUGAGCCUCAACCGACCCGAAUAAUUGUUUCGGGGAAGGAAAUGGAUGUCAAACCUAUCACCUUAUUGCAAUUCCCUGUAACUUCACUAAUUAAAGUAACAACAAAUGACACACUUCUUUGGUACAGAAAUGUAAAAUUCACUAUUAGCAUCACUUUCUUUUGGCAUGAGUUUUUGAUUCAGGGAUAUUAAUAUUUGCCGUCCUUUUAAUCAAAUUACAAGCCGAACUUAGCGAGAGGGGUUCUUAUUAUUAUAUAACGACAAUCGGCAUCAUUCAAAAGUUUCUGGCUUUAUGCUAUACUAAUUUUUUCUUACAGAGGGAAGAAUCUUGUUGAAGUAUUUGGCCUACGGAAUGAACUUAGUCAGCUUGUUCUGAAUAGUAAUAUAUGCAACAUCCAGUUGAUACUCCCAAUGGUUCCUGUUUGUUGCUAACCAUGUUAAUUGUUGUAAAUUAUUUUGAAUCUGAUACUCUAGAUAGUACCAGGGAAUUUUCUUCUAGAUAGUAGUGUUGCUAAUUAUCCUAAUCAUUCUUGUCUCAUUCGACUAUAAUAUAACCUUAAUCCAAUCUCAGAAUCCAUGGUCGUCAGACAAAAAAUGGAGUUAGUUAGGUCUUCUGUACAGUCUUUUGCACUGAUAUUAAUUUCAUUGGUUUCUUGCUGCACUAUUUCAGACUGCUAUGAUCCUUUGGAUCCUAACGGGAAUAUUGCAGUUACCUUUGACAUUCAUGAGUGGACGACUGACGGAUAUGUGGCGAGAGUAACUAUCCAAAAUUACUAUCAGUACCGCCACAUUGACAAACCAGGUUGGAGUUUAGGGUGGGAAUGGACUAAUAAAGAGGUCAUCUGGUCGAUGUCCGGCGCAUUCGCCAUCCUGCAGGGCGACUGUACAUCCUUCAAGUUCGAAAAACCACACUCUUGCCAGCCAAAUCCUGUCAUUGCUGAUCUCCUGCCAGAGACCUUGCCUGCUAGCAGGUCAGAAGACUGUUGUCGCGGCGGCGUUCUUGCUGCCUGGGCUAUCGAUCCUUCCAAUUCUUUCUCUUCUUUCGAAAUGAAAGUUGGAAACUUGAAUAUAAAUUCUACUGUCUCUCCGCCUGCCAAUCUCACAUUAUUGGCACCAGGUCCUGGUUACACUUGUAUCCCAGUUCUGGAGACUGAACCCACACAGUCAUCAGAAAUUGGGGGUAGAAGAAAAGUUCAGGUUUACAGAACAUGGAAAUCAAAAUGCACUUACUCUAGUUUUUUGGCUAAUAAAAAGCCAGUUUGCUGUGUUUCCCUCUCCACAUUCUAUAAUCCUACGGUCACAACAUGCCCUGAGUGUAGCUGCGGGUGCAGAGAGACAGGCCAAAAUUCAGUUCCAUGCAUAAGGGAAGAUUCCUCCUCAUCGCUAUCUGACAUAAUUGGUCUAGACAUUGUGAAAUGCACGGAUCAUAUGUGCCCAGUUAGAGUUCACUGGCAUGUUAAGAACAUUUAUCUGACUCAUUGGAGGGUGAAACUCACAAUAUCUAACUACAAUUAUAAGAGAAACUACUCAAACUGGAAUGUAUUAGUACAGCAUCCUGGUUUCAGCCAAAAAAUAAAUACAUACAGCUUCAACUGUACACUGCUCCCCACUUUUGGCUUCACAGAUAAAGUUGCCCUCUUCUGGGGUUUACAGCAUUACAACAAUGAAUUGUUACAAUCUGAUGAGAAACAACUUGGAUCAGUAAAAACGGAGAUACUUCUGGAGAAGGACUUAAGCACUUUCACAUUAAGCAACGGAUGGGCGUUACCACGAAGAAUAUAUUUUGGCGGCGAAGAAUGCGAAAUGCCUCUUCCAGACACUUUCCCUGUGCUACCAAAUGGCAGCUCAAGCAGAAAACUCCCUCAUUGCCUUUUCCUUCUCCUUAUAAUCUGUUGGACUUCAAAAAUUACUAGCAACUUGGGGUUUGAUAUAUAAACUAGUGAACAUGCCUCCAGUCCAAUGCUUGACUUUUCAAGCAUUCAGUCCUUGAGUUUGGUUGAUUUUGGGUGCCGAGGUUUGAAGUUGUACAUGUCUGCAUAAUUUUGCUUGUGAAUACUGAUUUGUCCUUUUUGUUGUUAUUGUCCAUUCAUAGAGACAAAUGGCCAUUGAUUAUAAUGUGUUUGGAUGAAAAGAUUUUGAUAUAAUGA